UUUACGCGUAACGGAUUAAAUCUCUCCUUCAAUAAGAUCGACAAUUCCUCCGAGUCACUGCUGCUUAAAAUAGCUAAGCUAUAAAGCUCAUGGUUGCGCAAGUUGGAUGCUCGACCAAUCCUACCAAAGCUAGUUAUCAGCCGAAACUAUAAAGAGAAAAAAAAAAGAGAAAAGAAUUCACAGCGUAUGACAAACCUCGAACGAGCUGCGACGAGCACCGAGAACAAACUUUGACCUAGUCCGAGCCGAAUCCUCAUAUUAAAAGAGGUCUCUCACGAGAGCCUCUUCUUCCUCAUGCAGAGGCGCUCCUCGGGGUCGUCUGAAGACAGCGUCGAUGUUUCUGUCAAGACCUCGCGCCCUCAUGGGCAAACAAGACUAAACGACGCCAACUCUUCCGUUCGGCAUCCCCACGAACUCCGCCAAUCAGCUCGCCCUCAACAAAAUACUGGAACGAGAUCUUUAUCUGCUAGAAGCCGGAGACCGAGUAGCAAUGUCAAUUGGAGGCUUUCCCACAGUCGAGAUGGGUCUAUCGAGAAGGAUACUACAGCUUCCCAUCUUGCGCCAGCAACAUUAUCCCCUGACUAUCCAAGUAUGGAAUCGGACAAAAUAGCGUCUGCAAGACGCAAAUGUCGACAGCUUCGACCUUGGAGUCCCUGGGCUAUAUCGCUUUUAACACUUAUGACGAGUGUCGCGGGAAUUGGUCUUAUGCUUGCCGUUCUAUACUCAUCUGCCGUAUUACACUGUGAUCCCAAAGGAUGUCGUAUGUCCUGGAUGAGCCCGUCAUAUGCCAAAUUUAGCGACUUUGAUACCGAGCAUACUCGCUUUGCAACCAAGUAUUCAUUAUACCUGUAUAGAGAGCAGGGUUUUGACAACGGUCCAAAGAUUAAAGGGAUACCGGUACUUUUCAUCCCAGGUAAUGCUGGAAGCUAUAAGCAGGUUCGAUCCAUAGCAGCUGAGUCGGCGAGGUACUACCACGACAUCUUACAACAUGAUGCAGCAGCUUUGAACGCGGGUGCUAAAAACUUGGACUUUUUCACCGUCGACUUUAACGAAGACUUCACUGCCUUUCACGGCCAAACGAUGCUUGAUCAAGCCGAAUAUCUCAAUGAAGCUAUCAGAUAUAUUCUUUCUCUCUACUUGGAUCCUAAGAUCUCAGAACGGGACCCGAGCCUCCCAGAUCCAUCAUCGGUCAUCAUCCUGGGGCAUUCUAUGGGAGGAAUUGUGGCACGAACCAUGUUCAUUAUGCCAAACUAUCAGCAAAAUUCGGUCAACACUAUUGUUACCAUGUCUGCUCCGCAUGCUCGACCACCUGUCACGUUCGACCCGCAAAUUGUCAGUAUCUAUAAUGAUAUCAACAACUACUGGAGACGCUCCUACUCAAAGAAGUCGUCAGCGGAGAAUUCUCUAGCCCAGGUUACCUUAGUGUCCAUUGCUGGUGGAGGUUUGGAUACAGUCGUCCCAUCGGAUUAUGCAGGGUUGGAAUCUAUCGUACCUGAAUCCCAUGGAUUCACCGUUUUCACUUCCACGAUUCCCACCGUCUGGACGAGUAUGGAUCAUCAAGCAAUUACAUGGUGUGAUCAAUUUCGCAAGGUUAUAGUUCGUGCGCUCUACGAUGUUGCCGACAACCGGGUAAGAUCGCAGACCAAACCGCGAGCAGAACGAAUGAAAGCUUUCAAGAAACGGUUCUUGACUGGACUAGAGAGCUAUGUUGAAAAGACCUUGCCAGACGCAGCUCCAUCGACGUUACUCACCCUAGAAGAUCAUUCGACAAACAUCAUCAAUCUUGACGAACGCCUUGUCCUUCGCAGCCUAGGUUCGGAUAGGAAGCUAAAGGCACACCUUCUCCCGAUCCCGUCAAAGAAAUUUGCUGAGGGAAAAAGGUUUACUUUGUUAUCAGACAACCAACUAGAUCGACCAGGUGAGGAGGGGAAGCUUGAAGUCCUGUUCUGCAACUACUACUCAGCCCAAGCUGGCCAGUCUAACCUACCCUUCUCGAUGAAUAUCGAUCUCUCUGAUGAAAGUGACGAGUCCACCAAGCUUGCCUGUAAAAAUGCUGCAUCUGAUGUUGUGUCCUUGCCAGCUUCUUCUCGUUUCACAAAGAACACCUUCUUUAAAGCGGAUGAAUGGCAAAUCCCUCCAUUUUCUUAUCUUGAGUAUAACGUUGAAGAUAUCUCAGAUUAUGGGUUUGUUGCAGUUAUUGACAAGACUGGGUCUCCAACAGCUGGGUGGCUGGUAGCCGAGUUUACCGGCAUAGAUGACGCGUUUUCUACUCGGGAUAUUAGCCUCAGACGUCUUCUAAGCUUCGGCUUGUCAUUUCGUCUUCCUGCGACCCGACCCAUGGUUACUGAAGUAAAGCUUCCGUCUAUUCAAAGUAGUCUGUUAGCGUUCAACCUCAAGGUAGAAGGUGGUGCUUGCAACGAACGAGAGCAGUUAUUCACUCCCCUCAUCCGUCAGUAUAUUUCUGCGCCCUACGAGUCGAAAUUUUUCGUCAAUGCUCAAGAGGUAGAGAUCAGUCUUCAUGGUGUCUCUCCUUACAUGCCUCCCCCUAUCAAAUCCAGACAAUUUGAUGAUGGUCUCGGUCUUCAGUUCUGGACAGAUCCGACCUGCGAUUCAAGCAUUUCAAUCCGCAUCACAGUGGAUAGUAUAGGCAGUCUCGGAAAGUUAUAUAUGCGAUAUCGAACCGUUUUUGCGUCUUUCCCUUUGCUAAUAGUUGCACUUGUACUACGAAAGCAAUUUCGAGUGUACGACAGCACCGGAGUCUUCAUACCCUUUUCGGAGAGCUUGGACUUCUGUCUCAGACGAUCAUUGCCAAUGCUUUUCCUGUCCAUGACCCUUUUAUCUCUUUCAACAGGCCAGUCAAACCCUAACGGAUCAAAAGGUCUCUGGUUCUGGCAUAAUAGCACAGGUGCCAUCGAUUUCACCCAGAACGACAUGCUAAUAGGAACUUCGGACCCAUUCUUCUGGUUUCUGAUCCCGAUAAUCGGUGUCAUCUGCAUCGGAGCGUGUAUGGGUCUACACUAUAUGGCAUUGUUCCUCACAUGGCUGCUUAGCAUCCUCUAUGGGAAGCUUUCCACUCGGCCAGUAGUUCAAAAUGAGAAGAAACGAGCCUUUUCACCAGCUUUUGCACCUUCAUCGCCACGGAGACGACUCAUAACAGCCUGUGUUCUCCUACUACUGGUUUCUACGUUUAUUCCUUACCAGUUUGCAUACGUAGUUGCUUGUCUCGUACAGUUAAGUACGGCUGUCCGAGCGUAUCGGUUUGCGAGCGAGGCUUCCUCUCUAGCAAAUGCAAACUUUAGCAACUAUGUCCAUUCAGUAUUCCUCCUAAUGCUAUGGAUUUUGCCUAUCAACUUACCUACGUUGGUUGUCUGGGUACGAAACUUGGCUGUUCAUUGGUUCACGCCGUUCUCAUCUCAUCACAAUGUAUUAUCCAUCCUACCUUUUAUUCUCUUGGUGGAGACCCUUUCCACUGGUCAAAUGGUUCCAGUAUUAACAAGUCGGCUUCGACACGUGACAAAUGUCACCCUCUUCGGCAUAGCUACCUAUGCAGCCAUCUACGGUGUAUCGCAUGCUUACAUGCUACAUUAUCUUGUAAAUAUAGUUGCGGCAUGGCUUGUCGCAAUUCACUCCACUUCGGACUCUUGGACGCUUGCUGGAAUUAGCUCUAUGUUCGACUCUGAGCCGACUGAAGACCGUAAACAAGGCAAAACCCCAUGAGUACCUAUCUAUCACAUAAACACUAUUUGUUCACUGCGUGAUCGCAGAUGGGCUUCGAGGAUUAUCUUUAAAGAUUUGGAUACAUGCCAAUGUGGAAGCUCGACAUC